AUGAGUGCGGACAAAUUGGCGUAUAAUUGGUCUCAUUUAGUGAUGUCUUUAAGAGUGAAAAUGUUGUCCAUUUUGGAUGUGGUGUUAAGAGUUCCUCCGCUCUUCAUAAUGGACUCAAUUCUGAUCCACUGUUUGUCUUCAAUUCAACCCAUUUUUCAUAAUAACAAUCAUAACAACAAUCAUAUGAUUACUACUAUUAAUACCAUUAAUGACAACAAAUUGAAUAGUAAUAUAAUUGCCGACAAUAUAUUGAAACUCAACAGUAAUAUCAUGAAUACAAACGCUUCCGAUUGGAACCGAUUGAUGACUUCCAUUAACGCAUCCAAACUCGACGCCACCGACGAUGAGGAGGACGUACUGGCCAUCAGUCUUAGCACAUCAUCUAUUGUUUGGGUCACACUAUAUCUUCAGGCGUUUGUGAUGGCGUUUUCACUCUUCCUGCUCUCGACCCGACACUUGUUGUCAAUCUAUGUCUGGUUGGCAUCGAUUGGAGUCAUCCUCUGGUCCUACAUCUCUAACGAAGAAUAUAAUAAAUACGUGUUUAGUAUAAGACACUCAACGCUUGCCUUUGAGAUCAUUUCAUUUAACUUCAGCGCAAUCUUUAGAUUUGUCGCCAAUUAUUUGUUUCAAGUUUUUCUCGCCAUUUGUUUUUGUUUUGCGAGCAAAACGUCUCAGAAUGUGUUGCCGAAGAGAUUAGUGGGCAUUACAUUCAUCGCUCCAAACAUUAUAUCAUUGAUUCCAGCGAUUCCUUCAGUUAUUCUGGCCGUCGCUCCCGUUAUUUCGGCCGCAAUUGCUUUACUUUAUAUUAUUUUAAAUUUAGUGACAAAUAUUAGACAAAUAUUUAUAACAAUUUAUUCGGAGAUCCAAUGGUCGCGAACUAUAGUACGAAACUAUGGUCUCUACACUUUGCUGGAGAGUCAAUGGAUUAGAUUACAUGUGCCACAGGUUUUGCGAGUGUUUUGGUUGACCCGUUUGACAGAACAGGCAGUCUUCCUGAUCGCCGACUCCACUCACAAGGAAUACAUGUCGACCGGAAUAAUAGGUCUCACAUUCGAGAGUCGCAUCUUCUGGUCAAAUGUUAAGCAACUUAUGGUCAGAGGCUGUGAAACAAUUGUCGCCGUUCUCGGCAUGACUUCCGUAUUGUCUGGAGUUUCGCAUCAAAUCGGAUGUCUUAUGCAAUCGUUUCUUUUGGUUGAAGACCCCGAAGACCGCUCUAUUGGUACCGUUUCUGCCAUUCUGUUCUUCAUAUUAGCCCUUCAGACAGGGCUGACGGGUUUGGAGCCCGAGAAACGCUUUUUACGUCUUUAUCGCAAUCUAUGUCUCCUUUUCACCGCAAUUCUUCAUUUUAUACACAAUAUGGUCAGCCCUUUGCUCUUCUCGUUGAGUGCGUCCAGAAAUAUGUCGAUCAAUAGACACGGGAGAGCACUCAUUGUCUGCGCCUUUUUGAUCGCAUUUCCAAUGUAUUUCCUGAUAUAUCUGUGGACACAUCACGCGGUCUCCACUUGGCUUUUAGCCGUUUCGGCCUUCAGUAUUGAAGUCGUUAUUAAAGUCAUAAUAUCCCUAUUAAUUUACGGACUCUUUAUGAUCGAUGCCUUCCGGACCUCAAUGUGGGAACAAUUAGAUGAUUACGUUUAUUAUAUCCGUUCGACUGGAAACUCAAUUGAGUUUAUUUUUGGUAUAUUUCUCUUUUUCAACGGCGCGUGGAUUUUGCUCUUCGAAUCGGGAGGUACUAUACGGGCGCUAAUGAUGUGUAUUCACGCCUAUUUCAAUAUAUGGCUUCAGGCAAAGGCCGGUUGGAAGACAUUCAUGAAGAGACGACACGCGGUCUACAAAAUCAAUUCACUGCCCGAAGCAUCUGAAGAGCAGUUGCGUAACUUUGACGACGUCUGUGCGAUCUGUUAUCAGGAGUUAACCACUGCUCGCAUAACGAAAUGCAAUCACUAUUUCCAUGGCGUAUGUCUUCGCAAAUGGCUUUACGUUCAAGACAUGUGUCCGCUCUGUCACGAGACCCUCUAUAAUAUCAACGACACUAACGAUCCGAACGAUUCCACGAACGAUAAUAUUAUGAAUAAUAUGGACGGAGUGGGAGGACAGGCGGGUCAGGCCGGACACGAUCACAACGAUUAA